GGCAAACGGGAGAAGGCGGAGAGAAGCUGAAGAGGGACGCCACGGCACCGCGGGCACACCGGCGAAGCAACGGCGGCUGUUUGCACAGGACGAUAACGUCAAGAGCGCGGGACACUCCCGGAGAGCUCCCUGUUUGCUGAAGAAGAGGUGCUGGAAGGAAGGGGAGGGGGCAGUUACUCUGAAACUACCGUCAGGAUUACCAGAGAGGCACCGUCACAGCAGCUUUCACCCAGAAGUCGACCUACAGAAGCUGAUGUCUUGAGCUGCGGGAGACUUCAACCUCAACCUGUCACCCACCCCGUUUGUUAUUCCACACCUGGUUCACUCUCCUUCCGUCGCAGAGCACCAACAGCAGCCACCACUGCCGCCUCCACCUUUUCCCCACCCCCCUCCUGCCCAGCCUGCCGUCACCAUGACGUCGGAGCUGGAGAGCAGCCUGACCUCCAUGGACUGGCUCCCUCAGCUGACCAUGCAGGCGGCCAUCCGCAAGGCGGACGCCCAAAAUGCCCACGGGCCGGGCAUGGGCAAGAAGAGUGCCCUACUUGAUGCUAACACCACGCUGGACCAGGAGGAGGUGCAGCAGCACAAAGACGGCAAGCCUCCCUACAGCUACGCCAGCCUCAUCACAUUCGCUAUCAACAGCUCGCCAAAGAAGAAGAUGACUCUGAGCGAGAUCUACCAGUGGAUCUGUGACAACUUUCCCUACUACAGGGAGGCCGGCAGCGGUUGGAAGAACUCGAUACGGCACAAUCUGUCAUUGAACAAGUGUUUUCUCAAAGUGCCUCGCUCCAAAGAUGACCCGGGAAAGGGCUCUUACUGGGCCAUCGACACAAACCCAAAGGAGGACGCCUUGCCUACACGGCCAAAGAAGAGGCCGCGGUCUGGAGAGCGGGCUUCUACGCCGUACAGCCUGGAGUCGGAGUCUUUGGGGAUGGAGUGUAUGAUCUCUGGAAGUGCCUCUCCAACGCUGGCAAUCAACACUGUGACUAACAAGGUGGCGUUAUACAACACAGACCAGGAGGGGAGUGAUAGUCCAAGAAGCAGCCUUAACAACAGCCUGUCUGAUCAGAGUCUGGCCUCCGUCAAUCUCAACAGUGUGGGCAGCGUGCACAGCUAUACAGCGGUGACCAGUCACCCAGAGCCCGUGUCCCAGUCUAUGAGCCUCCAGCAGCCCCCCCAGUCCCAGUACAACAUGCCCGACAGGGAUAAGCAGCCCCUGUUCUCUGAAUUCGAAGAUCUCAGUGCCUCCUUCCGCAGCCUUUACAAGUCUGUUUUUGAGCAGUCCUUCAGCCAGCAAGGGUUGAUGGGCAUCCCGUCAGAUUCCUCCCAGCAGACACACACCUCCUGCUCCUAUCAGCACUCUCCAAGUGGCGCCAUCAGCACUCAGAACAGCUUGUCAAACAACCAACCCAACAACCACCCCAACAGCCACUCCGCCAACAGCGGCCAGGUGCCCCUGUCCCACCCUACCCAGGCCCACCCCGGCCACGGCUCGCCCCACGCACAGCACCUCCCGCAGCACGGCGGCCCCCACAACCAACACAACCAACACAGCCAACAUGCCCAGCACAGCCAACACAGUCAGCACCCACAGCACCCCCAGCACGCCGCACACUCCCAGCACGGGCAGCACCCAUCGCAGCACCCGUCCCACGGCCAGCACCCGCAGCAGCACACGCCGCAUCCUUCCCAACACGCGCAGCACAGCCAGCACCCACAGCAACACGGACAGCAGCAUCAGAGCCUCUCCCACCAGCCCCAUCCUACCCAGCAACAGAUGGCCUGCAACACAGGUUUACUGUCUGACUGGUACCCAAAUCUGGAUGCACUGAAAGAAAGCUGUCGUAUUGCUAGCAGCUAUAACUGGGCUGAUGUUGACCUUUCUCCUUUUCAAGGAUUAAGAGACAGUAUGAGACAAGCCGAGUUGAACAAUUGGUCCCUGGAACCCACUCAGAUCGCAGACCUCUGCUCGUCCAUCAACCAGUUUUUUGCCCGCACCGGUGUAAUCCAGCCACAGGGGGCAGUGCAGCCUCCUGUUUGUCAUGGCUCCAUGCACCCCAACAAACCCAGCCAGCACCACAACACAGGAAAUCUCUACAUGGACUCGAGACAGAGCAUGUCUCUCAUGGGUCCUCCAGGAUACCCCCACAUGCCCCCCAUGAGCACCGCAGGACCCACGAUGACAGGACACCAUGCACAGAUGAACCAGCAGCACAUGAUACCUACCAGAAACUUCCAGAUGCAUCGCAUGCAGGCCGAUGACAUCCAGGACGACUUCGACUGGGACUCCAUCGUCUAACUCCCAGAAACUCCUUGUGCACACAGAAAGGGAGCGAGGAGAGGAGGUGGAAGCCAGAGGGAGCAAGGUGGAGCUAAAAGGCCACAGGAGGAGAAGGACGCUGGCGGUGGGAUGCAGAAGAACAUUCGAUGACCUCGUCGAAUGUCGGACAAAGACUUCAGAGUCCAGACAUUUUUACAAAAACAAACAUAACUAGAAAACGUUACUUUGAAGACAAUCAUAUUUAGUCGGACAUGUUUAAGUUAUCACUCAUGUACUUGUCUAGAGACAGGUAGAACACAUUCACAUCAGAAACCACACGCUCCUCAGCUCCUCAGACGGCCCUCUCCCUCUCCCGUCCCUCGCCAGCAGCCUUCCAAAGUCCGACCCCCUCUCUCCCCCCCUCCCGACCCCCUGCUCCGUAACUGUUCUGUGAUUUGAGCGACGUGUUCAGCUUGUAAUUCUUCUCGUGUUGACAUCGGCCUCAGCUGCCUCUUGGAUGAGUUUCUCUCUCUUUUUCAAAAGAAACUUAUUUUGUUUUCAUUUUGGUUUGAAAGAAACACAGGCCGCCUCUGUGAGUAACGUGAUGGUGCUCGUUGGGAGAAAGCCGGCCUCUGCUUCGGCUGCAUGGGUGGUGAAAAUAGGUUUACAAUAAGAGAGGUUUUGAACAGGGUGUUAAAUGUUUUUAUAAAUAAAAAAGGCUUGAUAUUAAACAAACCAAGAGAGAGGGGAUCACACAAAGUAUCAGUGUGAUUAGGCCCACUGCAACAGACAAGUUUUGGGAGUACAACAACCUUUUAUUUCUUUCCUUUCUUUUUGUUUGUCCGUCUCAAGCACUUCAAGAUGAGUGGAUAUGACGAGUGUGAGAAGAAAGUGAAAGCAGGGACUUUGUUUUGUCUUUUAUUUAACUGAAAGUAACCUGAGGUUUAAGUUCUCUGUGUGCAUCCUAUCAGUUCAUUAUUGAUCUUUAUCAAUUGUUAAGCUUUAUCAAUCAGAAGAAGUAACAGUACAUACCAAACAAAUUUGCAUUUUUAAGCAAAGUUCAAUGGCAAAGUUCACCAGUCUUAGAAGAGUAACUUGUUGAUCAUUGAAUCUUUCUGGACUCUGUCUCAAUCCAAUCAUGGUUUAUCCAAAACACAGGUGGAUUGUUGGAUGUGUGAGCCAAUACUCAUCAAAGAUGUUGACAAUAUGUGUAAGAUUAUUUAACUGUUGCACAAUUUCAUCACCAAAAUAUCCAAACUUAAGACUCCUGACAAGGUACUUUUUUAUUAUAAUGCACAACAAAACAUUGUGAACAUGAUUAUGAGCUGUUAAAUGUCAUUACUGAUGGUGAAGCCAAAGGAGUACUGUGGAGUCUAGUGGAUCACAUACAGCUGCUCUUAAGAUGCAUUUUCACCAAGCAUCCUGUGUUAAAAGUUAGGAGAGAUAUCAAAAUAACUCAUCGGUAUUGUCCUACUUUAUUUUGUCUUUCUGACGGGGUACCUAUCUGAUCUUAAAGAUAGGAGCUGGACUCACUGCAGUCUGUUGAUUGGUCAAAGUAACUCCACUUCCUGUUUGACAAACACAAAACAUGUCAUGUUUUGUACUCAGCUGAACAUCCUUUCUUCCUCAUUUUGUUAUUAAACUUGUUUUUACUGGAAAUGGUGAUAAACAUUUAACAAAUCAACCUUGUGGUGUGCUGGUUAGAUUGAAAUAAUGACUCAAUACAAGAUGUCAGGUUACAAGCUAUGAUGUCUUAGGCUAAUUAGCCUGUUCUAACAGCCAGCCCAGUGUUUAAUGGAUUAAAGAGCCCAAACUGAACCAAAUCGAGCCGUUUGAAUGCUGAAAGAGUGGCUUUUUACAACUGAGCCAAAUGAUCCAGAUCUUCAAAACGAGCCAGAAUUCCUCUCACUAUUUGUGAGGCUGAAUGGACCUCGCCUGGAAAUGCAAGCAAGAUCAGGGUUUGCUUGGUGAAAAUGCCCCACUGGGGUACUUUGGGUUUACUAUGCUUAAUUCAUCUUAUGAAGGGGUUGCAUGGGUACGAAUUGAAUCCAGACAAAAAAUACAAAAUACAGCUGUCUGUCAAAGGUAAUUCUUGGCACACUGUAGGAUUUGUAAACAUUAAAAUAUCUUUGUUUCACAUGGGAAAGUAGCUGUAUGUUUUUUUUGACUGAAUUCAUUCUAACCAGAGGUGGAAAAAGUACACAACUAUUGUUCUCAAGUAAAAGUAAAGUUACACUGGUUUAGUUUUUUUUCAGUAACAGUACUGGUCUAAGUAAAAGUAAAAUAUAUAAUUUACAGUUUACUUUAAGUUCUGAAGAGUAGGUACAGUAAAAUAUGAUAUUUCCUUAUUGGCAAAAAUAACAGUAGAAUUCCAACCAGGCUGUUGAAGAAUAAGCUCUAUAUGUUUUUUAGGAACUCCCAAAGUCAGAGGUGGGGGCUCUAACUCAGUGAGUAACUUCACUCAUGGUGCAAAUGCAUCUCACAUCACAAACAACUAUAAUUCACAUGAGCAAAUGAACUACAGCAGGGAACACUGUACAACAGGGAACAUUCAAAUACAUAUAAAUCACAUCUUAACACUCUACCCAUGGGCAUGAUGGGAAGCUUUGCCCACACAUCUCCCAGAUUUGAAAUUGCAAUGGGCAGAGCUUAGUUCAGUUGACUCUACAGAGUUGAACUAGCAUUGGUGGACCAGUACUGUCAAAUAACUCUGGAAAUGAAGACAGUUUCACUCAGAAUGGAGUUAAAAUCAACUCUGGCAUGUUCAACUCUGAGAUAGACAACAGCUGUUUUGGGAUGUGAUGUGGGAUCACUCUCUGGCUUUGUGCUAGUGUAGUCAACAGAGAGGGAGAAAGUUUGGGAAUAUUGUAUUCAAGUAAAAAAUACAGUUACUCCGGUUAAAACUUAAGUAGAAGUAAAAGUACUGAUUUUAAAAUGUGUUCAAAUAAGUACAAGUACUCCAAAAAAAUACUCAAUUACAGUAAUUUGAGGAAAUGUUAUUAGUAACUUUCCACCCCUUUGUGCAACGCAUGCAACCCCUCACAAUCAGUCAUAGAUCUCUUCCUCAAUGUGGAGCUUAUUUGCAAAAAAUGUAUGUUGUUUUGUCUGUCUCAUAAGCAGUUUUUUUUUCUUAAAUUAAAAGGUAAAUGUAAAGCUAGAGCAAAAAAGACUUUAGGUUGAAAUAAAGCCCUACAACAGGGAGAAACCACUAGCUUUGUUUUUGCAAAAGGUGAAAAGUGAAUAAAAUGGCCCACCAGCAGACUGAUACUUUGCUUUUCAAUCAAUGGGAUAAACUCUGUCUGCUUAAUCCACACUGUAACUGAAGCACAACAACAGCGGGAGGGGCUUUGAGGAGGGUUGUAUGAUUUAUUUUGAUCCUUAAAAAACAAGGCUAGCUGUUUCCCUUUGCUGUUUGUGCUAAGCUUAGCUUAUUGUCUUCUGAAGCUGGCUUUAUAUUUACCCAACACACUUCAGAGCUGUGGAAGAGAUCUAACAAGCCAAACAGUCCCAUUUAAACAUCUUAAUGCAACUGAAGGUAAGAGUAGAGGUUCUCAUCCAGUCUGCCCAAAGAGAAAAGAAUCUGGUGUGAAAGCUUUUAUAAUUUGAUUGAUUAAUGAUCAAUAAGAUAUGACUGAUGUUGAACUUUCCAUUUUGAAAGGUUUAAAAGGUGUUGAACUACACAAUAUUUCAGUGUGAUUCAUCCAAAUUCAUGUUUUUUUAACCUCUUGUAUAUGAAAGGGAGUUAAGAGUUGUGCACUCAGUGAUUUUUGUCACAUCUGGGUUUGAAAUUCUUAAGAUUUGAUCCGUUUUCUGUACUGCCCGGUGUUAUGCUAUAGUUCAAUAUAGUUGGAAAGAUUUUGGUGUUAUACAAUCAUUACAGAACGAGAAAUGUGACUCAUGAUAAAACUCAUACGAUGUGUUUGUGUGUGUUGUUUGAGCAUAUAUGUGAGUGCGUGUGUAUGUUUUGGUUUUAUUGCAGUUUUAGGGCUAUGAGUGAUUGCUGCAAUCAUCUCGAUGCUUUUUAUGAGCACAAAGCAGAUGCACACAGUGAUCUGAGACAAAUGUGGGUUUUUAUUUUUGGAAGCACACACCAGUGAGAUCGACCUUUCCUCUGUGUCCUGAAAUAAGUGGCUCCUCAAUCAGACAGGUGCUGAACUUUAGAGACACUUGGUUGGAGUAUAACACACGUUUGCACAUGCACAUCUUUUGUUAAUGUCUGUUUUUAAGAAGCAAAGUUCCUCCUCAAUUUUAUUCAGUCAUCUAUUCGCUCAGUCAGAUUAUCCAGCCCCAGUGGGGAAAAAAAUCAUUUCCUGAUGCUUUUCACUGCAGAGCCUGUUUUAAAGGAGUAAUUCAAAAAUUUGGAGGGAAUCAUUCAUUUGUUUUGUUUGUGAGAAAACAGUGCUUCUCAUUUCUCCAGCUGCAGUUUGGCUGAAGUUAGUUCAAAGACUGAAAAUGAAGGGAAACAGUCAGCAGGUUUUCUCCGAACAAAAUCAACCUGCAACUCUCACUAAUCAACUCUUUAUAUAAAGGUUGUAUAAAGGCACAUCUCAAAAGAAUAGGAUAUCAUAAAGAGUUAAUUUUUUCCUGCUAUUUUAAUACAAGAAGUGAAAAUUCCGUUUUUUCUAGUUUCAUCUAGAACUAAGAGGAAUAUUCAAAGACUUUUUUAUUUAAUCUUGAUGAUUACAGCGUACAGUUCAUGGAAAUCUAAAAUCCACUACCUUAAAAUUUUAGAAUAUCACAAAAACAAUGUCCAAAAACAAAAGGAUUUAUAAAAAAGAAAUGUCGACCUUCUGGAGAAUUAUGCUCAUUUAUGCACUCAGUAAUUGGUUGGUGAAACUUUUACACAAAUUGCUGUAUCUAUGCAACGUGGCAUGGAGCCAAUCAGUCUGUGGCACUGCAUUUCUGAUAGCAGCUGUUAGCUCGUCUAUAUUUUUGAGUCUUGGGUCUCUAUCUUCCUCUUCACAUUUGGGGUUCAGUUCAGACCAGUAGUCUGGCUAAUCAAGCACAGUAAUACCAUGGUCAGCAAACCAGUUUCUUGUGGUUUUGGCUUCACUGUGGACAGGUGAAAAGGAAAUCAGUAUCUCCAUAAAGCCUCUUGGCAGAUAGAAGCAUGAAGUGCUCUAAAAUCUGCUGGUAGAGGCUGACAGUGUCGACUCUGGACUAUGGAGAUGACAUGGCACCCCCAAACCAUAACUGACAGUUGAAACUGAAAAUACUGGACUUCACCUUGGGAUUCUGUGCCUCUCGUUGAUUUCCAAAUGAAAUUCAAAAUUUAGUUUAAUCUGAAAACAUGACUUUGGACCAAUUAGCAACGCUCCAGUUCUUUCUUAGGUGAGAAGAUCAGGAAACCUUUCCAAAUUGGCCUCUUCCACAAUAUUAAAAUAUUUUGAGAUAGUGGAUUUUUGUGAGCUGUAAUCAUCAAGAUUAAAAAAUAAAAUCAUGAAAUGUUUCACUUUGUAUGAGAUGAAUCUAGAAUUCAUAAAAGUUUAACUUUUUGAAGUAAAUCUAAGAACAAAAAUGAACUUUUACAUGAUAUAUUCCGAUUUUCAGUACAUCUACUUCCUGAUACCCCAUUUUAAAAAAGUUACAGUGUGUUAACCUCUUAAUGAUCUACAGUGUUAAAGUCUAUUAAAGCUUAAAAAACGCACAGCUAUUUCCACCUGCAUGAAUCCAUCAUAAUUACGCUGGCAACAUUUCAAUGUGUUGACCACGUAUUUGUGCAGUUUAGAUAGUGUGUAGGAGUUUUCCUCGCCAUUUUUGUGUCAUGGUAUUCAAGCAGAUAUCUACAUCUGAUUUUUACUAGAGCUGUAUCAAAGUAUUCAAAACUGGUAUUGUGACAUCCCUACUUUGGAUCUUUUUGUUUAUUCAUUCAAAACAGUGUAAAAAUAUGUUUUGUUUUUACAUUUACGGGUUUUGAAUUUAUAUUAAUUGCUGAGCCUUAGAGGUACUAUGUGUGGGGAUUUGUUAGCAUUGGAAAGAGCUGGGCUGACUUUCUCUGUUUUCAGACUUCAUGCUAAGUUAACACUGCCUUCUGGCUGCAGCUUCCUCUUUAUCAGAAGAUACAAAUGAGCAGCAUCAUAUUAUCUCUUGAAAUUAAAGCUCCUGUGUUGAGUUUUAUGCUGGAUGCAAAACAGACUGAAAUGAAUACUGAUGCCUCUUUAUGACCUACAAAAACCAAUAUUUAAAUCUUAAUGCCUAUAGCUGUUUCCACAGGGUGGACGUCAGGCAAACAAGCUGAAAAAACAUCUUUUUUUUUUUUGUUUUCCACAAUGACAUUUCACAAAGUGAUACAUUUAACCCUUAGAUACAGUAGAAUACUGUAAAACAGGAAGAAGGAAGGGACAAUAUGUACUGCUUUGACCACAGGGAGCUUUCAGUUUAGCCUGUUUCAUACUUCUGCAUCAAAUCUAUGCUGUAAUCUGCUGUGCAGUUUUGAAAACUGGUCAGCUGUGUGAUUUCAAUGCUUGUUAUUUUUCCCAUUUCUUAUUCUCUGCUCAUUUAUAUGGUGACUGAAACUGAGCGUAUUAUAUUGUAGCUAAUGCAUUUAACAAAAUACUGAGGAGCAGUUAAUUCACUGCAAUGAUUGCAAAGAGGAGACAUCGGAGGACAUAAAUCUACAGCUGCUGAAUCAGCACUGUGCUCAUUUGGCCGCUGAGAAUCAUGGAUGUUUUCAGAAGUCUGCAAGUAAAUAUGAUUACUUGAUCCUCAUCUGCAGCCGUUUAUCUCUAAAGAAUACACACAACAUGCCUGUAGACUGAGGCUCAGUCCCAUUUUUUAGUUUUACCCCAUCCCCUCAUUUUCCAGUGCCCCCUUGCCCUUUAAAACAGGGUAGCAGUGAAAUCUUCACCUUUGAAAUUGGAUGACUCCACCAAACAUUUCUACUGUUAAUUAAUUCUUUGUCAAAAAAUCAAAAGGACUACAAAACAUUGAAAACACAUUAGAUUACAAUAACAGAUUUGUGUUCUAGUGUUCAAUCUACCUGGUGAUUUGCAAUGCUCCAGGAGAUUUCCAUAACAUAUGGUAUGGCAUAUGCCUCUGGAAAUCUUAUUUAAAAGGGCACGUAGCCCUAGCUCCUCUCCCUAACCCUCCAUUCCAACAAGAAUUGGGACAUCUUACCCCUAGGUGUGAAUGCGCUAAACAUAGGGACAAGGGGUGUAUUGGGAUUGAGCCAAACUGGGAGACUAGCAGUCACCUGCUGUUGGCCAGCGGACCAGUCACAGGGCUUGCAGGUUACAUUUUUAAGGAGGUCUACGUCAGACCCCCCCCCCCCUUUUUUUAAGAUUUUUUUGGGCAUUUUUGUGCCUCUAUUUUGAUAGAGGAGGACAGUGGAUAGGGUUGGAAACAGGAAUGAGAGCGGGGGAGAGACGUGAUAAAGGGCCUCGGGCCGGAUUCAAACCCAGGCCAUCCGGGUACAUGUGGCGCCUUAAACCACUAGGCCACCUGCGCCCCACAUCAGACUACAUUUGCAGGCCUCUGCGCAGGUUCAGGGCUUCUUGAACCUUGGAUGUAGAUUUGAUGCAGAAGUACAGAUGAGGACAAAAUUAUUAACCCCCCCCAUAAAAAAUUCAUAUUUUCAAAGUAUUUCCCAAGUACUGUUAAACAGAGCAAAGAGAAAAGAACUUUAACACAGCUUUUCCAAACAUACUAGUUUUAUUAUGGAUGCUUACAUUAUUUUACUUUGCAUAUAGAAACAAAAUUAUUUCACAAAAACUACCAGGGUCAAAAUUAUUAGCCCUCUCUGAUGCUGAUAGUCAAUUUUGUCUCCUUUUUUGCUGCUAGUUUUCAACAUGUCUCUGGAGGAAUCCCAGCCCAUUCUUCUUUGGCAAAUCUCUUAAUCUCCUCCAGACUUGAUGGUCUUUUGGCAUGGACCUUCGUCUUCAUUUCACCCCAUAGAUUUUCAAUGGGAUUAAGUCAGGACUUUGUGCAGGCCAAUCAAUACAGUUCACUUUGUUCUUCUGGAGGUAGUUCUUCUCCAGGAAACGUAUGUUUUGGGCCGUUGUCACGUUGGAAGACAAAGCAACAACCAAGACCUAGUUCUGACCUGUUGAGGUUUUCUUUCAAAAUCAUCACAUAUCCUUCUUUCUUCAUGGUUCCUUCCACCUUUACGAGAUUCCCAGUUCCAGACACACUGAAGCAUCCCCACAGCUUAAUGCUCCUAUCGCUGUGUUUCACUGUUGAGACAGUGUUCUUUGGGUGAUCUGCCUCAUAGCAACAUACAUAAGCAACCUCUCCUUGGCCAAAGAGCUCUACUUUGGUCUCAUCUAACCAAAGGACAUGCUUCCAGUAUGCAGAAUCUUUCUCCAGGUUGUCCUUAGCAGCCUGAAGGUGUCUCUUUGUCUGCAACCUCUCUAGUGGGCUCUAGUGAUGGUCUUCUUUGAGACUACUAUUCCUGACUUGGUAAAAAUCAUUCACUAGAGUCUUGGCAGUUGUUCUGGGGUCUUUAGACACAUCUCUUAAUAGUUUUCUUUCCAGAGUCGUUAAAAUCUUUCUCUUCCUACCUCUGCCAGUCUUGUAAAAUACUAGGAUGUUUUAAAAAGCUGUGUAAAAAAGUCAUUGCUCCAUUUAACAGCACUUAGGAAAUACUUUGAAGCAGUUUUCACAGUUGGGGCUAAUAAUUUUAUCGUCAUCUGUAUCAAUCAGGCUUUAGGAACUUGGCACUGCUGUCAUUAGCAUAACGUGGAUUUUAUACUUUAAUGACAAUCAUAAAUUCGUUUUUGAUGAUACUGUAAAAGGCACUUUCAAGAUUCAUAUGGUUAAUUUAUUAUUUGUUAGUAUAGAGCAUGUAGUUUCAGACUGGUUAUUUAAACUAGAACCAGUCCAGUUUUAUACUGUAAAUCCUGUCCAGAGCUGCUUUGUGCAGAUCAAAUCAAAUUAUCUUCUUUCACUGAUGAUACUGCCAUUUAUUUUUACAUUUUUAGCUUGUUUUUUUUUCUUCUUUCUCCUGCCAAUCAAUCCUGCCCACCCCUGCAUCUUUCUGCAUUGUUUUGUCCCUCUUUGCAUAUCAAAUGUCAGCUGUAUGAGGAGGAUCGCCUCACUUGUGGAUGUAUUCUCUCGGAGUUUGUCUUAACUGCCAGGGUUUCUUAACUAGAGCUCAAACUGCAAAAGGUCAUCAGCUUUGUGAUUGAAAUCAUGACUCUUGUGGCGUGUGUGGGCCAAAGGACUGCAAGUGAAGUCGGCAAAAAGAGCAUCAUUGUGUGUUCACUAAGACUGUAUGGAGGAAACAUCCUGUGUCUGCCCGGUUGGUGUGUUUCUCUGUUCUUCCAGGUGAAGAUGUUUUUUAGCACAGAAAAAUAAGAUUUGAGCUAACGGAUGUGGCUAAAAGGGAAAACUAAGGUGAAGACAAUGACUGGAUCACAAUCACAACUUUAUGUCUGUAUGUGUGACGAGUGCGUGUUUGAGUUCUUUUGAAAAUGAUUUUUUUUUUUAUUCAUUGGACAUGAACCUGCCAGAGAGAUUACUAUCAGUGGGAGAAAAAAAAGAUUAAAAGAUAAAAAAAAAAGAAAUAAAAAAGCCUUGUUACAAUGUGGGAGAAAACUGCCAACAAGUACUGCUGAUCGGGGCUUUAUUCAGUGCUGGUGUGUUGUUGUGCUUGUACAUAUAUGUCUUUUCAAUCAUCCCUUUUUUCCUUUUGGGGGUGGGGUACCAAGGCUCGGGGUGGGUCUUAUCCAUGAGAAAGAGAGGAGGUAAAAGAAUAGAGUAUUUUGUUAUUGUCCAAUCAGAGGGUGACAGUAUGUAUAUAUCUAUAUUGUAUAUAUGUGAUGAAAAUGCGUUGGCUUUUUGUGUGACACUACCUUUUACCUGUACUAUGGUUCUACAUUCAGUGUUUCAGUGUUGAUAAUAUAUAUUUGGUUUGUUUUUUUGAUUUUGUCUUUGUCAUUUCUUGUAUUUUUUUCUCUAUUUGUCCUUUUUUGUUCUGUUUUGUUUUGUUUAUUGCACGGUUUAUUACUUUUUGUUGUCCAAUGAGGUGACACAGCUACUCUUUGUAUUCGUUUAGUGCUGUAAAAUAACAAGUGUUAUUAGAAUUGUCGAUACCACCGCCCACCCCACCCCCCCGUCCCCAAUAUGCAUGAA